UAUAAACAAUCGACUGAAUACUACAAAAAUACAAAAAUAUUCUGCUAAAUUCAGGAGGAGUCUGUAUUUAUUCUUAAUGAAUGGAAACUUGGUUCGUUUAAUGUGUUACAACUGAAAGCCAACGCAAUAUGGCAUCGGCAUCUUUCAUGGAAAGACUCCGCACCUUUCAUUCUCCUCUCCCGCAAAACUUUGUGAGUUUGCUCUCCAACACUCCAAUAAAAUUUGCUGAAGCCGGCUGGGAACGCGCAGACAAUAUUCCAAAUGCUUCAGAUGAGUUGGUAUGUCGUUCUUGCAGUGUCAGACACAGUGGAUGGUCAGGAGAACCCCCCCUUGCUGUCCACAGAACUAGAAGCCCAAACUGUCCAUUUCUGAACACACCACCCACUGUUCCGCUUCAUUUUGUUGCUACUUCUUCAUCAUCAGAGGUCAAUGUAGAAGAUGUGCAGGAACCAGAAACAAUAUUUUCCAUUUGCAGCUCAUGUGAUGCUAACAAUGAAGAAACUCUAAAAAGAAAAUUGUUUCCCAAUAGAUUAAAUAAUAAUCACAGUUUUGCCAAAUAUGGCAGACGUCAAGCUAUUGUACACCCUUUCAAACCUCUGGCUGGUGACUAUCCCAUGUUGUUUGAAAGUCUUCGGCGAACAACUUAUGAUAUACCAAGCUCAACUGAGGCAGCAAAAUGGUCAAAGGAGGGCUUUAUUAUGAUCUCUAGCUUGUGCGCAAAGUGUGUGUUUUGUGGACUCCAGAUAGAAUUUAACGUGUGUAUUGACAUUGGAGAUGUGCACAAGGAAAAGUCACCUGAGUGUCCUUUUGUGUGCCACUUUGAUGUGGGAAAUAUUACAAGUGAAGAACAAAGGAGUAUUCUGGAGAAAGAACGUUCGAAGCAUUUUGCAGACAUGAAUGAGGGGAAUUCUUCUGUUGUAAAACAGUACAGUAUCAUGUAUCCGGAGUUCGAAAGUCCAACAGACAGAUCUGGUACCUUUGAUUUGUGGCCAAAGAUCCUGAAAACAAUGUUUUCUCUGGAUGUUAUGGUUGAUGCAGGUUUCUAUUGCACAGGUCAUAAUGACAUGGUACGCUGUUUCUCUUGUGGUGUUGAACUCUUUGACUGGAUGCCUGGUGCUGAUCCACUGACCCAGCACGCCCGUGCCUCUCCAUCCUGUUUUUUCCUGCAGCACAACAAAGGUCAAGAGUUCAUCAACAACGCUCAGCAACAAGAGCUUGUGGUUGGAGUAAAGCAAGACAGUCGAGCUCAAGAUCUUGAGGCAGCAGCAUCACCCACUACAGAGAUAAUUUCAGCAACACCACCAUCAGCAACAUCAUCCACACCAAAACCAUCACCACCACCAGCUGGUCCCAGACCGUACCUGGACCUGGAGUCUAUCUCUGCAGCUCGUGCACGUGGGUACAGCACAGAGCAAAUCUCUGAUGCCAUCAUCACCUUCUUUUACCUGACUUGUGGCCAGUUCCCCGACUCUCCCCUCCUGCUGGGUCUGCUCAAGGCCGGCACUGACAACCACAAGACGCUCUGUGAUAAAACACAGGAAAACCUGGACAUUAAGUCGGAGGUGAAGGCCAAGGAGACAGAGAUCCAGGCCAAGGACACAGAGAUCCAGGCCAAGGACACAGAGAUCCAGGCCAAGGACACAGAGAUCCAGGCCAAGGAGAGAGAACUCCAGCGUCAGAGGUUUGAGCGUCACUGGCGUGAACUGGCCGUGAAAACAGAACUGGAGCAGGUGAGUCACAACCUUUGACCUUUGUGACCUCAUCACAUUGGUGUUAUUUUACAAAUAUUGAAACUUCGCACCUCACAGCUUUUCACUUAAUGUUCUCCUGACCCUGCUGCUGUAUGUUUAUAGUAUAAUCUGAAAAGAGCCUCUUCUCCUUGACCUCCGUGACUUCAUCACUAUACUUUUCAUUUAUUUCCAUUAUAAUAAAAACAUCUGGUCCUCGUGUACAUUUUUUCUGACUUUAUUGUUUAGGUUGCUUAAAGUACUAUAAAAAGUCAUUCUCAUGUUUUAGUACCUAUCACAGCUUUGAGUGUGGAUAAGGAAAGAAAAAUUAAAGGGGAAAGAGUCUAGAAGUACAACAGUAAAUAUUUUGGGUGAUGCUU